GCCCUGCAGCGCCAUCAGCUGCAAUAUCUUCUUUUCUGAAGAACGUCGCUUAUUAAUCAGAAACGCGGAAUGGAAACCAAUCAGAUAGGAGAGUUCCAUUGGCUUCAGCUUCCUGCCUGUCUGAGUUAAAAGUGAUGCUGGAGAGAGAGGCACACUGAGAUGCCUGAAGAUUCAGCUGUGAAGAUACCAUAAAAAGAAAAGAGAAGGCAUGAGACAGAGCCACAACGGAACUGCCAGUGCUAAGCAAAGCUAAACUCAAAUAAGCGCUUGCUUCGCUGGGGAGGUCGUGUCCAGAUGCAGACAACUGCUGCUCCCAAAAAGCGUCAGUUUUCAGACAUCACAUUCACCAUUGUGACAAAAUAGCGACUUGUGAGACAAAUUACAUUGGGUUUGGCAUUCUUUUGAAGUCACAGAUAAUGAGGACAUUUCAUUGCCUGUCACCAUUUAUUUGGAUCUGCAUAUUCCACACCUUUGACACCAUCGCAUCACAAGAAAAAUCUAACAGCCAUUUAACGAGCAGAAGUGUCACAAGUCCGACCAAAAAUGAUGGUAAGAUGCUGCAUCGCGUCAAGCGGGGCUGGAUGUGGAACCAGUUCUUCCUGCUGGAAGAGUACACAGGUGCAGACACGCAGUAUGUAGGCAAGCUUCACACUGACCAAGACAAAGGAGAUGGAAAUUUAAAAUAUAUAUUAACAGGAGAUGGGGCUGGCAGUCUGUUCGUUAUAGAUGAAAAAACAGGAGAUAUUCAUGCUGCAAAGAAAUUAGACAGAGAAGAAAAAUCCUUGUACAUUCUUCGAGCCAAGGCUAUAGACAGAAAGACCGGGCGGCAGGUGGAACCAGAAUCGGAAUUUAUCAUUAAAAUCCAUGAUAUCAAUGACAAUGAACCAAAAUUCACAAAAGACUUAUACACUGCCAGUGUUCCUGAAAUGUCUGGAGUUGGUACAUCUGUUAUUCAAGUGACUGCCACAGAUGCAGAUGAUGCCAAUUAUGGAAAUAGUGCCAAAGUGGUCUACAGCAUAUUGCAAGGGCAGCCAUAUUUUUCAGUGGACCCAGAAUCAGGUGUAAUAAAAACUGCGUUACCAGACAUGAGCAGAGAAAAUCGAGAGCAGUACCAAGUGGUUAUACAAGCCAAAGACAUGGGUGGCCAGAUGGGUGGCCUCUCCGGGACCACCACCGUGAACAUCACUCUGACGGACGUCAACAACAAUCCUCCUCGCUUCCCACAGAGCACGUACCAUUUUAAUUCUCCUGAGUCUGUGCCGCCUGGAACCCACCUGGGAAGGAUAAAAGCCAGCGACCCUGACAUGGGGACCAAUGCGGAGGUGCAGUACAACAUCGCAGAAGGAGACGGGGCCGACACUUUCGAGGUUGUCACAGACAAGGACACACAGGAAGGAAUUAUCACUGUCAAAAAGAAUUUAGAUUUUGAGAAAAAAAUGCUUUAUACUUUAAGAGUGGAUGCAAGUAACACUCAUCUUGACCCUCGAUUCCUACACCUGGGACCUUUCAAAGACACUGCUGUGGUCAAGAUAUCUGUGGAAGAUAUAGACGAGCCUCCUGUGUUCAGCAAACUCUCUUACUUGAUAGAAGUUGAUGAAGAUGUAAAGGAGGGAAGCAUUAUUGGACAAGUCACGGCAUAUGACCCCGAUGCCAUGAACAAUUUAGUGAAAUACUCGGUGGAUCGACAUACUGAUAUGGACCGAAUUUUCAGUAUACACUCCGAAAAUGGCUCUAUUUUUACUCUGAAACCCCUUGACCGGGAAUCAUCCCCAUGGCACAACAUCACCAUUACAGCCACAGAAAUAAAUAAUCCAAAACAAAGCACUCACAUUCCUGUCUUCAUCAGAAUUCUAGAUAUAAAUGACCAUGCACCUGAAUUUGCCAUGUACUAUGAAACAUUUGUGUGUGAAAAUGCAAAAUCUGGCCAGUUGAUUCAGACAAUCAGCGUAAUGGACAAAGAUGACCCUCCCCGAGGCCAUAAAUUCUUCUUUGAACCAGUACCGGAAUUUCCUCUCAAUCCAAACUUCACCAUUGUAGACAAUAAAGAUAAUACAGCUGGAAUCAUGACUCGAAAAGAUGGCUACAGCCGCAACAAAAUGAGCACCUAUCUGCUGCCAAUUUUAAUCUUCGACAACGAUUAUCCUAUUCAAAGCAGCACUGGCACCCUCACGAUUCGCGUGUGUGCCUGCGAUAAUCACGGGAACAUGCAGUCCUGCAACGCGGAGGCCUUGAUCCUGUCCGCAGGGCUGAGCACGGGCGCUCUCGUCGCCAUCCUGCUCUGCGUCCUCAUUCUGCUCACUCUAGUCAUGCUGUUUGCUGCCCUGAAGAGGCAGAGGAAGAAGGAGCCGCUCAUCAUCUCAAAGGACGACGUGCGCGACAACAUCGUGACCUACAAUGACGAGGGCGGCGGGGAGGAGGACACUCAGGCCUUCGACAUCGGCACCCUGCGGAACCCAGAAGCCAGGGAGGACAGCAAAGGCAGGCGAGACGUCCUGCCCGAGAGCAUCUUCCAGGUGAGGAGGCCGGCGCCGCUGUGGGAGAACAUCGACGUGCAGGACUUCAUCCGCCGCAGGCUGAAGGAGCACGACGCGGACCCCAGCGCGCCCCCCUACGACUCGCUGGCCACCUACGCCUACGAGGGCGCCGACUCGGUGGCCAGCUCGCUCAGCUCGCUGGAGUCGCUGCCUGCGGACUGCAACCACGAUUACGACUUCCUCAGCGACUGGGGACCUCGCUUUAAAAAACUGGCAGAUCUGUACGGGGGCGAUGACAGCGACCGAGACUGAGUACUGUAGGUACUGAGCACCCUAGUGGAAGUACUGUUUUUGUUACUAGACUGCGUGGCCUGCAUUCUCUUUGGACAAAGCGAUAGAAAAUCAAAAUUACAAACAAUACCCAAGUGUUGUCUUAGUAAGGGUUUUCUUAAUCAGUACGUUUAUGUGAAUGAAUAUGAAUGACAUAGGUUUAAAAACAGUAAUAAUAACCAGUCCACCUGUUUUGCCUAAUAAUCUUGGAAGACAAUUAUAAUCACAUCAAUAAUCAAUAAAAAUGAAAAAGGCUUUUUGUGCCUUUUCUUAGGUAUAAGAAAUUUGUAAAUGUUUUCUUAAGGGACUUUCAAUCACCUUUACUAUUAUAUUAAACAUUGUAAACUGCUUUGUAAAUUAAUAUGGGAAAAGUAUAUCCCUAAGGAAAUAUGAAUGACUACUACUGCCAUAUUUAUUUAGUUGAAAAAUGUCUUUGUGUUAAUUCAUUCAUAUUUUUAUAAAUGUAUAUUUAUAUUUUUAUAUUUUUAUGAAAUAAACUAGUCUUUAUAAAAAUAUAAAUCUCAUUUAUUUAAUUCCUAGGGCCAGUUCUGACUAAAAAAAAAAAAAAAAAAAAAAAAGAAGUGUUUUACAUCUGUAAAUGUAGAACAUGAUUUACUCAGGGAAAACGUUGUUGCAUGGAUGUAGAAAUAAAGUGGGUCUAUAAAUGAGCAUUGGUAUAAAUUGUUAUUUUUCUGUUUCAAUUAAAUGUGGAUAAAUGUUUACUGAAUCACUGUUGUAUAACUAUGGAUAGACUACGAGAUACAUUUGGAAUAUAAUAUACAUAUACACAUAUACAGUUGUGAAUAAUGAAUCGAGUUUUUUGCAAGUCUUUAUCAUCACAAGUGGAUUGUAUUUGAGAGUAAAUGAAGUAUAUGUCAGUGAUGUCAUGUAAAUGAGAAAGCCAAAACAUCCUUCUCAAUAAUGUAGUUUUAAAUGUAAGAAAUGAUAAUUCUAAUUUUUGUCUGUGUUCAGAAAAUUCUCUCUGCAACAUUUAAAAUGUGUAUUUGCAAACUAGAAAGAUGAUAAAAAAGCAAAGUAACAUUAGUUAUUGAGCACAUUCAAAAUUUUUGAGAAAGUAGGAAAGAAUCAGGGAAAGAACUUCCAGAAAUAAGAAACAUCUUAAAAUGUGGGAAGAAGAAGAGGAAAGAAUUCUGCACAGCCAUAUUUGUAGAUCUUUGAAAUACAGCCCUAUAGAAAAGUUGCCCUGAGUUAGCUGAGCGCAAGACUAAAUCUAAAGAUGAAAACUUCAGAGUACCAAUGUGUGAUAUCUACCUUCCUCGUCUUCUUUAAUUAUUCAUCUGUUGAGAGGCAAAUGGCCUGGUCAUGCAUACUCAUCACAGGACUUUGCAUGGAGGAGGUUUAGCACUGAUUACGCUAUUGUCUUAACUUAUAAAAUGACAAAUACCUCCCGAAUUACAGACAGGCACAAAUAAAUUAUUAUGUUACUAAUUUGAAAAAAAAAAAUUAAAGACUACAUAACUUUUUUCAGUAAUUGGCAACACAUAUUAAAUGUUUUUAACUUAAUGUUGAAAGUUAAAUUACACUGGGCAAUCAACAGUUAUUUGGAAUGUUUCUAAUGGUGGCAAAGUCCCAGAGAACAGAAAAAAUUUUGAGUUCAUUUUAGCUAAAAAAAAAAAAAAAGUCUUAGUUUAUUUUUGAACUACAAUUAGCUACUUACAGUGGCUCCAAUAGCAUGUAUUGGAUAUAUACUUGAUGAUGUAGAUAACUCUGAGGCACCACAGAAAUUAAUCAGAAAUCUUAUAAGUCCUUUUACAUACAUUUUAUUUUAUAAUUUCUAAAGGGUUAAAUGGAAACAUGCAAAAAAAAAAAAAAAAAAAAAAAAAAAAAAAAAAAAAAAAAACCUUUCAAAUGCCAUGUGCUGAGCAAAUGCAAUGCCUGUGUAAAAAUGUGUAAAUUAUGAGCCAGAGAAGGGAGAGUUGGCUGUUACAAAACUCUCCCAUGUGUUUUCAGCAGUAAAAGCACUUUAGCAAACCACAUUACUCUCAAGCUAUAGACCUACAUUUGUCAUGAGAGCGUUACACUGAUAGCAGAAUGAAUAGAAAUUAUAUUAAAUUUUUAAAAUGUAUUAUUAAAUAAUGAUACAUAUUAUUGAUAAGUAUUUUUACCUUAAUGAAAUUAGUGUCACAGUCUUUCUUCCCUUGAUCUUUGAAAUGACUGAUGAACCUUCCACAUUAUAAGGCAAUAACUAACAAAUUUCACAUUUAAUGCAUUGAUGUAUAUCCUAGAGAAGUAUCUGAUGUGAAUAAAACUAUCAAAAAUUUAAUACUAGGGCCAAGGGUUUAGCGCAGUGGUACAAGUGUGUGCUUGGCAAGUGUGAGGUCAUGAGUUCGACUCACAGUACCAAAAAGAAAUUUAAUACUAAUACUUCCUAUAAUUUUCAAAUAAUAUGCAAAAUUUAUAUAUUGCGGUAAAUUGAUUUUUUUCUGAGAUGGACCAGAUUUUAAUAUUUUCCUUCCAAUAAAAUAAAUAAAUUAUUAAACUUCUCAAAAGACAUACAAUUUACCACAUAAUAUUUACAUAAUAUUUACAUAAUAUUUACAUAAUAUUUACCACAUUGAGUUUAGAUUUGUUACUUUAAGGAAACAAUACAUUUUAUAAUAUUAGUUUUUAGCAUUUGAACCUCAUUCACUUUCAAGUUUUAAAUUCAAGAAUAUAAUACUCGUAUGUAUGUUUGCUUUCUAAAUAAAAUAAAUUAUUUAUUCUAUAGUGGUUGAAUUAAUAGUGGUUGACUAGUCAUUAUCCAACUAUCACUAAAAUUAUUUUACUGCCUUAUCUAAAAUAUUUAAUCAUUUUCAAAAUAAUACAGCUAUACUAUAUCUGGAUAUAUUUCAAUGAGUAUUGACUACCUAAACUUUGACAUGCUCUCCAACAGUAUUCUAUUUAAUGCUAAUCUCAGAUAUUAUGAAAAAUGUCUGAUUUACAUAUCAAACAGUAAAGAAAAUAAAACAGCAUUAACAAUAAAGCAUGCAGACAAUUUUUUUUAAAUUGCCAUACCCAGUAGUUGAUUUUGAUCAUUCUUUCCACUUUAGCAUAAAUACCACAAAUGACUCAAACGUUCUUUAUUGUUUUGCUUGUUCUUUUAUCUUACUGUUCACUUAAUGCUUUAUUCUCUUCUGGUUUUAGGGUAUGCCAAGCUCUAGUCCUUUGCCCAUUCUACUAAAAUUCUAGUCCUUAGCGAUCAUGCCAUCUUCCCAAUUGUUAAUCUAUCUAUAUUUGAAUUUAUAUGCUAAGACAUAAGCAUUAUAGAUUCAGAACUCUCAAACUUUUAUCACUUGCCAUCUCUCAAGUAAUUUAAAUGUUUUGAUUUAGUUGAUUUACAUUUCUACUCAAAUUUUAAAAACUGAACUGUCCAAAACUUUCCUAAUAAUUUCACUCACAAAUUUCUCUCCUCAACUUUGUCUAUGGUAUAGUUAAUGGCAACACACUUGAUGACACGUCUUUCUUUUCCCUAAUCAGAAGAUAAGCCUGUAUUUCUCUCAUUCUGUUAACCAAUAUUUUAGAAAAGUUUAUAUUUUGAAGGUAUAGUCAAAGUGAUAUAUGAUGGAUUUUGCUCUUUUACUAUUAUCUAAUAUCUAGAUAUUGCAAUGUAUUAUAAUCUUGAGAGGAGCAAUUUUUCAAUAAUACAUUCCCAUAUGCUGUUUCAAUACAACUAAAUUUAACUAUGUGGUUCAAGGUUUCUUUGCUAACAAUUGUUUGGUUUCCUUUGUUUCCAUAUUAUUAUGCCACUGAUUUCUGUAUCAUUUAUAUAAGUCUCUCUAUAGUAAUAGAUAAACAUAGGGGAGAAAAUUAACUUUAUAUUUUUGAAAAACUCUAGGCUUUACUCUGUUGAACUGCUCCAGUUUGGACCAACAGCUGACCAUUUCUCCUGCUGCAUACUCAUCCUAUUCCACCUCUCACCAUCACCUGGAAAUUCUCCUGAUUUCUCCUUCAGAUUUGAGGUCCUAAACCACAAGUAGCACCUAAAUAUUUUCUCUUUGUUGUUCUUCUUCCUCCACUCUACAAAGUGCAAUUUGGACAUCAGUUAGAACAAAUACUUGAGACUAGCAAUGACCCAGAAUUUGAAGAUUUUUCAUACUUUAUUAUAUUUGCACAGAUAGUAUCAGUUCAUUAUCCAUAAUUCAAAAAAUCUAGAAUCCAAUAUGCUGCAAAACAAUGCUCAAAAGUGAAAUUUCUGAGCAUUUCUGAUCUCAGUUUCCUAUUACAGAUACUUAACUUGUAUAACAUAAUUUGUAGUACACCUCUCCCAAAUCGUGUUAUUGCUUAUUUUUUCCACUGUUAUAAGCUGAAACAUAUUUUGGUAACUAUUUAAUCUUUUUACUCUAAUGUAGUGAGUACUCUGAAGUGUAAAUGGUAAAAAAAGAUCUUUUUUAAUUAGUUGGUCACAAGAAAUAUCUCAUAUGGACACUAGUACAAGAGUUUUUGUUAAUUUGAAUUGCUUGCUUGUUUUGGGUAUGUACCAUAUAUUUAAAUUUAUUACUUCUAAUAUACUAUAUUUGACAAAAUUUUAAAAUAUUAUAAAUGAGACUAUCAAUAAAA